ACAAUAUCAUAACAUUCGUAAUGUGAAAUCUGUGUGGUAUAGUGUACGUCGUUUACGGUACCCAGGGUACCGAAGCUAUUAUAAUGUUUAUUUUUCUAAGUUUUUCUUUUUAAUUUAGAAAAUUAAGUAGUAUUUUAGUUCUUAAAUCAACGUAACUCAUAUAGUUCAUUUUAAAUUGUGAAAUGGAUGCAGAAUUUAUGCAGCAAGUGGCUUAUUUAUUCUUUGAUAUCACUUGUAGUUAUUAGUUAUAUAUUAGGUAUUAGUUACAGUUUUUAUCAUUGUAUUUUUAAACAAUGGAAUAUGGACAAACAUAUAUCUAAUGUGAAUAGUGAAUGCUCAAGUGAGUUAUCAGAAACUCAGUCAGAACACGAAGCUCGUGUAUACAGCAUUAUCCAUCAUAAUGAUUUCUCAGGGACAGCUGGAGUGCCGUCAAUUGAUCCAAAGUAUGGUGUAGAACUCAAUUCAAAUGGUGAAGUAAUAGUAUUUCUUAAAGAUUCAUCUAAUACACCAAGUAACCAAGCAAAUUGUACUCCCAAUAUAUUUUCUAAUGUUUGCAAUAAUAGUGGUGUUACAAUACCAAUAAUCAAUUUGGAUGAUAAUGACAUGUUAAGUUCGAAAAAUACUACUACUGUUAUCGAUAAUGAAUUUGCCGAAACGAGUUUGAAAAAAAAGAAAAAGAAGAAAAAGAAAAAAAUAAACUUAAAUGAUAAAAGUAUUGAGGAGUAUAUUGAAAUUGUUAAAACAACAAAUGCUUUACAAGAGUAUAAAGAGAUAAGUGGGUUAAAUCAAAUAAAACCUAAAUGUAGUAAUGCUGAUAAUAUGGCUCUAAAUGUCAGUUUAAAUGUAAAUGAACGUGGGAUACCAAUGAAAUCAAGAGAAAUUUUGAAACAAUACAGUAUUGGAAAGCCAACUGAAUGUAGUUUAUGGUAUAGAUGUCCUAAAACAUGGACUCCAGAAAUGGUCAAAUUUUAUACCAAAAUUAGAAAGUCAAAACGCAAUUUUGAUUGUCAAGAAGUUGUGAGAAAAAUUAAAGGUUGGUACUUGUAAAUACUAUAUUUCUUUGAAUUUAUCAUACUAGAUAAUAAAUAAUUUAUAUUUUUAGAAAAACAUGGUUCCAAUCCUGUUGAUUGGACUUUAAGUCCUAUGGAUUUAUAUAGAUCGCCUUCAAAUAGAAGUAAUAAUAUCAAAUGUUAUAUUUGUAAAAAACUCGGCCAUACUGGGAAUUAUUGCAAAGAGCGAUUUAAGCCUGAAAUUUGUAUAAUGUGUGGAUUGGAAGGGCAUAAUUAUCAUAAAUGUUAUAAUAAAUGUUGUUUAUCGGUAAGUUUUACUAAAUAAUAAUCAAAUAAAUGUUACAUUAAAAUGUUUAAAAUGCAACCUAACCAAAUGACAUCAAAAAGAUUUUUGACCAAAACAAUUCAGGGCACUGAAAAUCUUAUUGAAUUAACUCAAAAUGUAUAAAUGAUAUUUAACAGUUUCAGCUUUUAUUUUAACUAAAUGUAUAUUGUCUAUUAAGCUUAAAUACUGAAUACAACUUCAAUUUAUUUAUAGAUUUGAUUUUUCUUUUUAGUGUGGAAAAUGGCAAAAAAAUUUUACAAGUAACUGUUCUGCUUGUUUAUCAAAUAGUAGAGUUGUGUGUAGUAUGUGCGAAAGAGUUGGUCAUGGUUCAAAUUAUUGCACAGAAUCUUGGCGCCAAUUUCAUAGUACUGUAAGUAAUUAGCAUUUAAAGGACCAUAAGGUUACUAAAUAACUUAGAAUUAUAUUACUAUAAUUUAAAAUUGUAUAAUGCUUGUCUAAUCAAUGUAAUCAGAUUUUGAAUGGUGAAUUUAAUUAAUUUUUUUUAACAAAUCUUUUUAUUUUUUUAUUAUAAAGGGUGUCCCAUGAUGAUAUACCAAUUUAAUGACUAUAUACAUGUAUAUUGCAACUAAUCUUGUUUGUUUUGGUAAAAAUAAAAAAAUAAUAACUUAUUAUUUUUGAAAAAUAUAAAAAUAGCCAUUCUUCUGAAAAUUUUGAUUGACUGUUCAAUUCUUUUCUCUGAACUUAUUAAAAAAUACUUAUUAAAAAAAUAUUGAAAAUUAUAAAUUUAAUGAAAAUUAAAAGUUGAUAUGUUAAAAUUUUUAUUAUUAUAAUAAUAAUAUAUAAUAUACUCUGUAAAAUGGCUAUCUUUAAAUUUUUCAAAAAUAAAUUAAAGUUAUUUUUUAAAAAUUUUACCAAAACAUACAAAAUUAGUUACAAUAUAAAUUUUUGUAGUCUUUAUUUCAGUAAAAAAAAAAAAACAGAAUUUGAUUAUCUUCAUUAUCUUCAGAGAUAAUACAAUGAGUAUAUCUUUGUAGGUACCCUGUAUAUUACAUUUUAUUUAUAAGGAGUCUUUAAAAUUGCAGUGGUGGCGAUAUUUAUUGUCAUUAAUGUUGGCCAACAUUAUCAAUAUUGUGGUUAUUUACUUAAUUAUUUCAAUAUUGAGAUUCAAAAAUAUUUAUUGAAAAUAUUUUGAGAUGAUUUAUUGGGGCUCAAUAACAAUAAAGUUUAUGGAUGACUAAAUACUAAAUAGUAUAAUAUAAAAGUAUAUUAUAUAAAGUAGAUAAUAAAUUAUGUCACAUGGCGAUAUAUUUCAAAGAAAUAGUCCGCCACACCAAAAAAUUUAAUUAAAAUUCAGUUAUUACUAAUUUUACAUACUUUUAAGUAUGUUAAUUACAUAGAAUGUAAUUUGUUGUGUUGUGGCAAACCUAUUUCAAAAUGCAAAUCGAUUUUGGAAAAAUAAAAAUGAUAUCAAUGAUUAAAAAUAUAUCAUUGGCUAACACUAAUUACCCUAGAUUAUUAUACUGUAUACUGUAAAUAAUCAGUUUAGAAACUGGUUCAAAUAUGACUUACCAUAACAUGUUGCUAUGUUAUGUUUUCUAUAACCUGGUUAGGUUACAGAAAACAUAGUUAUUUUAAUUCAUGUUUAUUUGUUGUAAGUUUAUAUGAUUGUUAUUAUAUAGUAAUGACUAGGGCUCUGAUUUAUAUGCGUUUGCAUGUUUUUUUAACAGUCAAAAAGUAGCUAGAUAAACUACAAGUUUGGAUUUGGUAGACUUGAAAUACAAAGUUUUAUUUUGAAUAUUUGCAUAUUUUGUCAUUUUUUGAUGUGUACUGCAUAUUUCUGUAUUUUACUAUUGUUCGGUUUUACCUACAUAUACCCAUGGUUCGUAAGGAAUUUGUUUCUUAUAUUAUCUAAUCACUUCUAUAUAAAGAAAAUUCGGUUAAUUUGAAAUCAUUUUUUGUGUAUUUUAAUGGUAAUCAGUGCUUUAAAUGCAUGCAUGUUUUGUAUAUUUUUAAUUCAUAUAAUUCCGGGUCAUAGUAAUGAUUAAUCUAAUGACCUAUAUACACAUUAUUAAUGAUAAGGCUUCAAUUUUUUCAAGAACAUAAUCCAAAAAACAAAGACUGCAAAAUUUAAGUUGAUGUAGUAUAAGGUAGAAUACUGAAAAUAUUUUAAUAUAUACACAUAUUUAUAAAAAAAAAAAAAAAAACAAUUUUAUGGUGGAUAGGUCUCAUAUUAAUACACAAAUUUAGCGUUGGUCACAUAUUGAAUCUACCCUUAAUUUAAUGUAUGCCACUAAGUAUCUUUAGUACUGCAUUUUUGAAGACAACCUGAGUUAUAGGUAUAUUAAAUAAUUAAUAAUAAUUAAAUUUAAUAAAUAUAUAAAUAAAAAAUGUAUACUGCAGUUGCAUUUUACAUUUUGGCUGUGAUAUACCUAAUAAUGAAUUUUUAAUUCAAAACCAAUCGUACAAUGCAUUUAUCAUAAUACUCCAGGCGACGCAUUGAUUGAUUUAUUUAUUUUAUUUUUAUUUAUAUAUUUAUUUACUUUAUUUAUUUACAAGUAUUAACCAUUUUAAUAUUUUGUUUUUACUUUAUUAUUUAAUUAUUUAAUAAUAAUUGUUAUUAUUAUUUAUGCUUACUUAUGCUUAAGUGAACCCAGUGCCCCAAACUCCUACUAGAGGAAAGUCCAGGUGGGACAUUUCAGCAGGCAUAUGGUAUUGUUUCUGUAAAAUGGAGUAAUUCAUCUUAUAGUUUACAAUAACAUUCUCCCUGUGGGAGAGGAUCAAAAUAUUACCUAUGGUACCUGUACCUCUCAUAAGAGGGGACAAAUGGAGUUGUCUGGUUGACAGCCAAUGUAAAAUUCUGUGAAACGGUAUGAGGAGAUUUAAACUAAACUUUGGCAUAUUGAUCCAUCUUGGAUGUGCGCGGGAACAACAGGUGAGAGGAGAUACCGUGGUUUAUGAUGUUUGUAAAUUAUGAGAAUAUGUUGUAUGAGAAAAUAUGGAAGAAGUUAACAAGCUUGAGGAAUGAUGAAUAACACUCAAAAAAAUAGGACUUAGAAUAAGUAAAAGUAAAAUAAAUUAUAUAGAAUAUGAGUUUAGGGGAACAGAACAAGACAGUCAACAACAGUAAGUAGUGGCAUAAUAGGUGAGGGUGAGAGUUUUAAGUAUGUACCUUAAUCUUUUGUACAUAAGAACUGUAGCUUUGACGAGAGUGUGGUUAAAUAAAGUUUGGAGAAGCUUCAGGUGUUUUAUGUGAUAAGAAAAUUCUAGUUAAACUUAAAUGUAAGUUCUAAAAAAGUGUAGUGAGAGUGUGGAGGUAGUAGAGGAGGGAGAGAGGAGAAUUCUUAAGUGAAUGAGUGAAGUGACAGGAGAAGACAGGAUAAUUAAUAAGUACAUUAGCGGUAGUUUACGUGUGGACUUAAUAAUAGACAAAAUUAAAGAAAAUUGAUUGAGAUGGUUUAAGCAUGUCAUGCGGAGAGAGGAAUCUGAAGCAGUAAGAAUUGUAAUGUAAAUAAAUGUAGGGGAAUAGUAAGACUAACAAAAUGGUGGUUGGAUGCGGUUGAGAAUGAUAAUAAAAGGAUAUUCAAGGACAGCCACUGUAUGUGAGAUGGGUGAUCAGGUCAAGUAGAAGUUUAGAAUGAGGGGGGAUGUGGGAUGUAGCUGAACCCACAUAAUUGGGAUAAAGGUGAAGGAGAAAAAGAAAAAAAUGAAUAAUCAUUAUUUAUGUCAUUUUUAUGUAAUAACAAUAAAAGGUUAAAUGACAAAUUUGAACUAUUAAAACAAAACUUGCCUAUUUAAGUUUAUAAGAGGUUUAUGAAGUUAUUCUUAUUGUUUAAAUCAUUACCUAUAUAAAUUUCACUGGGUACAAAAUAUAUCAUAGUUUCUUUUUCAUAUGCAAAAUUGCAUAAAAAUAUUUUAUUUACAGUUACAGCUAGCAAAUUAAUUACAUGGCUGCUAAGUAUCGUAUUUAUUUUGCUAAAAGUAUUUAAAAUUAAAUUUAAAAAAACAUUCAAAUCACAAAUUAUAGUUUUUGAAACAAAUUACUAUAGUUUUACAACUUGUUAAAGGACUUUCUUGUUUCUUUUGUCAUUAGUCAUUCUUUGAUGUAGAUAAAUAUGUAAAAAAUAAAAUUGUAUUUUUAACAUUAUUUUUAAAGAUAUUUUUUGUAAAAACAAAAAAAAAGUUUAUAGCAGUUUUUUCUAAUUUACCAAUAUUCACUCUUUCCAUGUCCAAAUACUUGUCUUAUAAAUUAUACAUUGUGUAAAUGAAUAAUUAGUUGAGUUGUUAUUAUGUUAUAUUAUUAUAGUAAUAUGAAAAAAUUUCAGUGAUGUCCAAUCAAUAUGUAAAAUAAUGAACACAUUUCUAUCUUAACAAAACCAUAAUUUUCAUGUUUUAGAUAUCUACUAUACCUGAAGGUGAUGAACUUCUUCAAUCUACCUCUAAAUCAAAUUGUAAGGUCACGUUGGCGCAGUCUACUAAGAGGAAAUCUGAAACUAUAUCGAGACCAUUGACACCCGAAGUUAAAGAGAUAAGUAACGAAAGUCCAAUAACUGAUAAAUCUGUUAAGAUGUCACAUAAAAGAGCAAAACGAUUAAAAUCAAUACAAUUGUUACAGUCAAAUGUAAAAAAUUCAAAAAAUAAUGUAACAAUACCUGACAAUCAGGCUAUUAAUAUUGAUGUUAAUAUUCAAGAUAUUACAGUGGAACGUACUUUGACAAAAAAACAUUUUAUGAAAAAAAAAAAAAACGAUAGAAAUUAAAUAGAAAAUAAGUGUAUAGGUACUCAAGGUUAAUUCAAAUGACUAUUUACUUAAAUAAAAAUUAGUUUUUUUUUAAUGUGUUGUAAGUUGGUCGUAUCAUGUUGAAAAUGGUAGCAUUUAACAAUUUUUGAUUAAAUAUUUAUGUAGAUUACAUUACUUAUUGGGCAUUUAUAAACACUAUACAUAUUAAAUAUUUUUUAUAAAGUUUAAUAUAUAUGUUUCAGAUAAUAGCUGAAGUCUUGCAUAGUUUUCAUAUAUUUGAAUUAAUGUUCUUUAUUUUAUUAGCAUAUACUUUAAUAUUGUGUACCAACCUUUAAACCUAACAUUUAAGUAUUACUUUAAUAUUGCGUACCAACUUUUAAUGAAUCUGUGUACAUUUGUAUAUUAAAUAGCCAAAUCUUAGGCAAUUUUUAAUUCUGUAUUAGUUUUUUCCAAACCAAGAAAAUAUAAAUAUUUAGCGGUUUUUUAUGAUCUAUUUUGUUUUCUAAUUUUUAUUUUAAAAUUUAAUUGUGUAAUCCUUUCAUUGGGAAAUAUAUAUUUCUGUCUUAUUACCAUACAUAUUAUACUAUUCUGAAUAACAUUAUUAAAAUAUAUUCUACAUACAUACAUAUAUUUUAACAUUUUGUCAAAAUGAACUAAAUUAUCUAUUUAAGUUUUAUUUUUAAUUUACUAUUACUUAUGUGUUGUAUGUGUAUAAUGAAGAACUAUCUAGUAAUUAAGGAAAAAAAAUAUUCAAAAGACAUAAUAUACAAAUAUAUUUACAGAAUAUAUAUACAUAUAAUAACAAUAGUUAUAUUAUUAUAAUUCCAAAAUUCCAUCCUGGUCCAGUUCGGAUAGAUUGUCGGCGGACAAUGAUGCAUGUAUAGUGUCUCCUAAUAAAUCAGUAAUGUCAUCAUACCUAGAAAAUAUAAU